CCGGGGUGCUGUAGGCUCCUUUCUUCUCUUUUUGUUUUAUUUUAUGCGCUGAUUUCUAAUUCUUUUUUUGCUUUACGCCAUAUACUUUUUGUUGGUCUUACCACAUGCUCUGUUCAUAGAUGUUUCAUGAUGACUGAAUUCAGCGACACAUUGAACCUUUUCCAUACAAUAUACUAAAGAUCAUUUUUGAAAGGUAAAACAGUGAAAGAAACAUCUCAGGCAAUCCUGGGUUUACGUUUGAGAUUGGUUGGAUUGGAUUAGAGUAGGAAAUAUGGAUUCUAAAACAAUUGAGAAUUCUUCAAAAGAAUCAUCAUCGAAAAUACUCAGUUCCCAUAAUGAAGCUAGCUUUGACUUUUUGCAGUCAGGUACAAGUACAGAAUAUGAAUUACGAAGCGUGAUUUUCAAGUGUUUGAAAAGGGUCGGAGAAUCUCAUCAAAGUGAUCCUACAAUUUCGCAAGAUUAUCAAAACUUAUAUAGGGAAUGCGUACAAGAUUAUCUUCAUUUGAAGAAGCAUCCAGCACUAGCUUCGAUCCUGAGGAGGAGAACCCUGGAAGACAAUGUGAAAGACCUUGAACAAAAACUAGAGUCAUCCAAGAAAGUAAAAUAUCUGUUGGAUGAGGAAUAUCAUCAAGUAAGACAGUAUCGAGUGGACAUGGAAACAUUGAAUACAGAGUUGUCAGAACGGCUGAAACAGCAAGACACGAUUAGCAGAAAAGGAAAAAAAAGUUUUCUAAACAAAAAGCUUAUUCAAGAGAAAGAGGAUGUUUCACGGUCCUCUAUGGAACUCUUUACGUUCCUUAACGAAUUUCUUGACAAACAUUACAAGGAAAUUCUAGAAGGGCCAGGGCCUAUUGGAAAAUUGAGUGCUAAUGAACGAAAGCAGCGAGCAACUAUUGAUAAGUUUGCCAAUUCCAAUCAGCUCGAGGAAAUGGAAGAGUUGAAACGUGUUUUAGAAGAAUUAAUGAACCAAGCUGUCUCUUCUAAUCCUUCCUUUACAAGAGUGACAAAUGAAAGGAUCCUAAACUUUCUACUUCGGUCUUCGCUAUGUACCUUUGAUCCGCGUGAUCCUUCUUUACUGAAAUUCAUACCUUUUGCCGAUGAAUUCUAGUCGAAAGACACACACUAUCUUCCCUUCUGUUCUCUCUCCCUGUUUCCGGAAUUGUUAAUUCUCAUUUCUACUUGUAACUAUGUUUGUUUCUUUCAUAAUACAUGAGGCACCUACAGUUAUAGAAAUACUUUCUCUUUCAUAUAUUUAAAUUAAAUCUCAUCCCUAACAAAUAGAAAGAUACCUACAUUUGGAGUUUCUUG